AAUGCUAAUGUGAACAUAUCUAGUUCUUAGUUUAAAGCUAAUUAUGAUUAAGAUGUGUGUUUUACAUCACUUUGUGUAUGAGGCGAUCAGUCGACUAUUAAAAUAAUCGUUUGUGGCAGCACUACAUGACAUGCCCGAUGUGUACGUAGCAUAAGAUGUUCAUGGAUCUAUUUGUCAGCGAGUGGAUGCAUCAGAAUGGAGCGGAGCAGGAAAGCUUUUGACCCGCCCGGCGUAGUUUCUAUGUUACAAAUACGAUUUUUUUUCAAACAACGUGCUCCUGAUUUAUAACAAUUUUAACAAAUAAUUACUCAGAAAUUCAAUUUUGAUUUAAUUCUCUAUAUAUAUAUUAUUCAUAAUCAGGAAAAUGCCACAAUAACCUGUUUAAAACACAAAAAUGUAUGUAUUUUUAUCGGAGUGGGUCUUUAACUUCUAAUGUUUUAUUUUGAAAAAUGGUUUCCAGAGGGAAACUUGUUAGAAAGCUAAGAUAAAUCUCUGUUUGUUUUCCUCCUCUGCAAGGAAGCAGAUUAUAAUCAAUGAGAAAAACAUUCAUAAUUGAAUUGAUUUCUUACAUAGCUAAGUUAUGGCUAACGUUUCCUACAGUUCUUAAAAUUGUUGUUGUUUUUUUUUCUGUAUCUGAUGUUCUGUGUGCUAUUAGUGAUGCAGCCAUUGGGGUUGUUGUGUUGCACACCUUUCCAACACUGCGAAACGAUCGCCCCGCGGAAAAGCGCCCAUGCUUGAUAUCGUAUGGUUCAUGACCAAUAUGUUUCCAGUACAGGAAAAAUCCCAGAAGAGGCCAAGGCUCUGUCUCUCUUGGCACCUGUCCCUCCUGUACCCAGUCUGAUUCCGGGCGGAGGUUUGCUGCCAAUUCCGACUCCAAGUCCCCUUCAGAAUCUAAACCUCCCCAUAGUGAAUCGUAUUUCUGCUGGUCUCAGCCCCACCUCCUCGGUGCUCGCCCAGCCGCCGCUCAUGGGAAACGUUGAUCCCUCCAAAAUCGAUGAGAUCAGGAGGACAGUUUAUGUUGGCAACUUGAACUCACAGACCACCACAGCAGACCAGCUGCUGGAGUUCUUCAAGCAGGUGGGAGAUGUAAAGUUUGUGCGGAUGGCCGGAGACGAAACCCAGCCGACGCGCUUCGCCUUCGUGGAGUUCGUGGAGCAGGACUCCGUCGCCAGAGCUCUGACCUUCAACGGAGUCAUGUUUGGAGACAGACCUCUCAAGGUAAAUCAUUCCAACAACGCCAUCGUGAAGCCGCCGGAGCUGACGCCGCAGGCCGCUGCCAAAGAGCUGGAGAGCGUGAUGAAGAGGGUGAGGGAAGCUCAGUCCACCAUCGCCGCUGCCAUAGAACCAGAAGUAAAGACGCACUCGUCCGGUCGCUCUCAGAGGCUGCGGCGCUCCCGUUCACGCUCACACUCACACUCAAGAUCACACAGAAAGAGGUCCCGAUCGAAACACCGAUCUUCACAGAGGUCGUGGCAGGGCGGGAACAGUCACAGUUCCAGAGGCGGCCACAGGCGGCGCUCUCGCUCUAAAGACAAAAGACACGCCCGAAGUCGCUCCAGAGGCCACAAAAGGAGGAGUAAAGAGCGAUCCAGGAGCCCUCGGAGGAAAGCCCGAUCCCCCUCUCCCAAACGCGGUAAGAGGGAGAAGAGGAGGGAGCGCAGCCGGGACAGGAAAGAGCGCUCCACGUCCAGGAAGAGGAGUCGCCGGGACAGCGACAGGAUGAAGAGCAGAUCCAAAACAGCCAAGGUGGAGAACUACAGCCGAGUCAGGAAAGCGUACGAGAGCGACAGAGAGGACUCCCCCUCUCACAGCGAGGACAUGACUCCGCCCCCCUGCGUCCAGCACAACGGCAGCUACAAGUCUCGGAGCGAGGACGGCUCUCUGGGCGCCGACGGCAGCAAGUGACGUCUCAAAGCCAUCGUGUGCGUAUACUAACAGAACAACCACUUCCAGCAGCUCCUCUGUCUCCACCCGAUAACGCCCUCAUUUCAUCGAAACACUGGAGAAAUCGGCAGAACUUCUGGCGCUUUCGUGAUCAGAAUCGAUCUUUUUUAGCAUGUGUGUCACUUCAGAACUGUUACAAACACACCAGAGAUCAGUAAUAAAGCUUGAUCUUUCAGACUUCGUCACACCCUUGGAGAUGUCUUCUUUCCUCUCAUCAGAGGCUCGAUCAGAUCCUAAACUCUGAGCGAAAAUGUGGCCAAAGUAAAAGCUUCAUUCCAAAUUUAAAAUUCAUCUUUUAAGGAUGUUUUACAAUAAAAUCUUCCUCCUACAAAUGAAUCCUGACUUUGUCAGUAGUUUUUAAUAUUUAUAUUUCGCAGAUUGGAAUGAAAGGCUUUUAUUUUGGUGGUUUUACACUUCCUGUAUGAAUGAAAAGUCACAUUUGUGAACUUUUGAUUCAAAUUUUUGAGCAAAUUUGAUCUUAAAAAUGUGUCAAAUGUACUUCCACACCUCUUCGCUGUUAUCUUCAUUCUUCCUCCAACGUUUGAGGCUCCUUUGCUUCACAUUACUGCAUUUCAUUUGCUUUAGGACCGGAUCUGAUAUCGUUCAUGUGGGUGUACAUAAAUCUUUCUCACGCUCAUUUCUGCUCAUGUGAAGACCACGGCAGAGAUCUGAGGACGGCGCACGCAGGACAGGUGAAAGGUCAAAAGUGCCUCGACUACGAUUGUAAAGAAGAGUGGAAUAAAAUAUUGAGACUUAUGUUGGAUGUUAAAAAACUAUGAAAGGUAUAUUAAAGUAUUGUAAGUUGUCAUUAAUAGCAGAAUAGAUUUAAGAUGGGUCUUUUUGUAAUUUUUUUAUGUUUUGUCUCCAGUGAAAACAGAUCAACUUUUUGUUUGUUUGUUUAAAUUUAUAUUUUAAAAUAAAUUUUCCGAUUUUUUUUUUAUGUUUUAGGAGGGGAAAUUGAUUAAACAUUUUAUGAAGAAACUGCUUCUAGGAAAACUGAUAGUCUGUGAAGAACUUUUAAUAUCAACAACAUAAAAGAAACCAUGUUUAAAGAUGCUUUGAGGUGGGGACCGAAACGGUUUGACAAUAUUCUUUCAGAAAACUAGAUGUAUGUGCAAAUUACAAACCUGUUUCCACAAAACCAAUAAAAACGAUUUUCUUUAA